UGAAUGAGCGGCUUGGAUUAACGGUGCCGGUUUUGUGAUAAUAUUUGUAGGAAAGGAGGAUUCCUCGUAUUGAACUUGGAGCAAGAUGGGAAAACAGCGUUGCCUGAAUUUUACUGGUGUUCCCUUGAGUAUAAGCUUUUCAUCUAGUGUAUACAGGAAGACUCUCUGUUGUUCGAAUAUUUUCCGAAAGGACUUUUAUGGCGGUAGAAACCACAGCCAUCCGUUCUUAUGUAGGCCGGGUCUUUGGGAAAGGAAUUCUGUGCUUCGUCAUAACUAUCCUGAAAGACAGUUUUUGUCCGCUGUUCACGACGUGUCAGAGUCCUCGCCACAGGGAACUGAUGACAAUAAGGUUUCAAUAGAAGAGAGGCAGAAGAGAAGAGUUUAUGUGGGAAAUAUUCCGUACACUGUUCGCUGGCAAGAAAUAAAAGAUCAUAUGAGAGAAGCAGGUCCAGUUCAGUACGUUCACCUGUUUUUGGAUAAAUUAAAACGGUCGAAAGGCAGUGCCUUGGUGGAAUAUAUGACGGAAGAAGCGGCACAGAAAGCUGUUGAGUUGCUUAAUAACUCCGUAAUUGCUGGCAGGUCACUUGUUGUGAGAGAAGAUAGAGGCUCUAUAUUUCAGGAAGGAGAGCGCAAGGUUUAUCGGCUCGUGUUUCGACACUUGGUACCUGAAAUGCGUUGGCAAGAGCUUCGUGAGCGUUGUAAACCUUUUGGAAAUGUCGUUCGAGCUAUAAUUCGCCGUUCCACUACAAACGAUGAAGCUUAUGGUUUAGUAUUUUUCCCACAAUUCGAACAGGCUCGAAAAGCACAAGAAGAAUUGAACGGCACUAUGUGGGAUGGACGUGAGGUCGAGUGUGAAUUGGAAUACGAUACACAUGACGAGCGUAGUAAAGUGAGCUCAAAACAAGAAAAUGGUACGAGCUUCUAGAAAGUCAGUUUCAAGAGAAUAAAGUGAAUAGAGCACUC